UUAAUAUAUUUAUUGAUAUAAUAUGUAUAAUAUAAAUAAUUAGAUAAUUGGCCAAAUUAUUAUGCUGUAUACCUAAUUCGUGGUUACUUAAGUGAUGAAUAAUUUCGUUAGCUUUUCGAUGAGAUAUAUUAUUAUUUUAGUAUAAUAGAUAUUCAAUUUUGAUUUGAUUUUUUGUUUUGUUGAUUAAAAUGAGUAUAAUUAUCUAUUAUUUUUUAUGAUACAAAUACCUUAAUACCUAAUAUUAUUAAUUAUCGUGAAUCAAAUAAACAACAACAUCAUGUCAUUACCGGACAUUUCUUUGAACAAGCCAGAUUUAAAUCGAUCACAUCCUAUAAUUGUAAAUUUUACAAAACCUAUUCAAGACGGAGUUUUGAACCGUAGUACAUUGAUCAAAGGACUGACCAACUUGAUAAGACACGAGGAUAUUGAGAAUUAUUUCUGUUUUACUGAACUUGCUCUAAACAAUAUGGAUUUAAAAAACAUCGACAUCGUCGGUGAUUAUAUAUCUUUAAAAAAGUUGGAGAUACGUCAAAAUCUCAUACAAGAUUUAAACGCUUUAAAUAGUCUAAGCGACUUAGAGUACUUAGAUGUGUCUCACAAUUGUUUGAAACGAAUAUUGAAUUUUAAUCCACCAAAAAUGUUAUACCAUGUUGACUGCUCGAACAACACUAUCGAAAAUAUGGACGAUUUGUCUAAUUUUUGGAGCUUAGCAUACCUAGAUCUAUCAUUCAAUAACAUUAAACAUGUAAACGGUCUGUUGGAAUUAAAUCAUUUGACAUUUCUAAAUUUGUCUCACAAUGGUUUAAAGCAUAUAAAUUAUUCACUACCACACUCGUUAAUAGAUAUAAACUUGUCUUACAACAAUCUAGAAUGUAUACAAUUGGAUAUGUCUUCAAGUAUGUGUGAAAUACUCAACUUGUCGCAUAAUAAAUUAAAAUUGCUUGAUUUCCUAAAAAACGCCAAACAGUUGUCAGUAUUGAAUAUACAAGCGAAUAUGAUUGAUGAUGUGUUGCAAAUAGAAUAUAUAAAAACAUUAACAAAUCUUCGCGUUUUAAAUGUUGAAAACAACGAUUUUACGAGAAUAAAUAUUCAUAAACAAUUAAUAUUUUCAAAUAAUCUGCCUUUAAAAUCAACCGUUGAUCAGACAUUUAUAAAAAUUGAUGACCUGCAGAAGCUAAAUGAAGUGGAAAUUCAUUCAUUGCUUAUGGCAGAAAAGAAUGCAUUAAAAUCUACUGUGUUAGAACAUUUAUCGGGAAGAUCUUCUAUAAGCGCUCCAGGAAGUAAUUGUGGAUAUAAUUACAAUUUACUUCCGAUGGUAAUAUUGGUCGGUCCACCAAGAACUUACAAGAAUGAACUUUUGAAUAUAAUAUUAGCGAAGCACGCUGAUAAAUUUUAUCGAGCAGUUAUUUGUACGACGGACAAUAUGAUGUGUAAAAAUGGAGCAUUUAAAACAAUUUCAGUUCCAGAGUUCAAUAGAAUGAAUUCUUCUGGAGAGUUUGAGUUUAGUUACCAAUUCUUAGGGCAUUCUUAUGGUUUAAACAGAGAUGAAUUAUCCAAAUGUAAUAAUGAAAAUAAGGUAUUAAUCACAUUCACAAUUUUAGAAGGUGCAUUAGUUUUAAAAAAUAAAGGCUUUAAUCCAACGUUUGUGUUAGUAUUACCAGAAGACAAGUCAUUAUACCAAACAGACAUAAACAAUAGUAUAAAAAAAUAUUAUAUGAUUCAAAACGGUUUAAUAACUGACAAUCUGCAGAAGCCAACAUUAAAUGAAGGGACAGCUGGACAAUAUUUUAAUGAAAUAUAUAAUAACAGUAGUAGCCCAAACACUGAUGGUUUCUCAAUACAAUCGAAUGUUGCUGCAAUCUGUUCGUUUGAAACUAAUAAGAAUACUAUUGAAGAAAGUAAAACAAUUGUAUACACCAAUAAUGGUUUUAAAGAUGAUUUCAAUGAUCCAGCUUUGAAUGAUCCUUGUACAAUAUUUACUAAUGAAUGUAUGAACAAUCUAAACAUAUAUCACAACCUUUAUGAAAAAAGCUUAGACGUAUUUCAUUCUUUGGUUUAUAUUGAUAAUUUUCAAAAUGCAUCGAGAGAAAUAAUGAUGAUUAUGAUUGACGUUUAUAAUAAAUAUCAUAAUAAUAAAAGGACAAAAAUCCAAAAACAACCAAAUAAAAAAACGCUUGAGCACUUACAAGUUCGUUAUAAACUGUUAUGUAAUGAGCUUUACCAAUGAAUAUCAUCAAAUGUGUUGGACUAUUGUAGAGCGUUAUCACAAUCUAAUAAUCGUAUUCAUUCAUUCAAUAACAUAAUACAUUUUUUACAUCGUAUGUAUAAGUUACCAACUGUAUUGAUUAUAUUCCUAUAAAUCUAUAA